UUCAUGGUGACGUUACUUUCAAUGUUGGUGGACCAGUCUGGGCAAUGGAUUGGUGCCCAGUACCAGACUCAACCAAGAAUUCAGAUCAGUAUUUGGCAAUUAGCACGCAUAGAUCAUUCGACGAGGUUCACAAUGUUCAUAAAUGCUUUUCAAGAAAAGGACUUAUACAACUGUGGAAUGUUGGUCAGUUAAAAGUGAACUCAGCUAGUUCAGGGUCGAAACCAACCUUGUCACUCGGCAUAGCGCACGACUUUGGUGCCAUAUGGGACAUCAGCUGGUGUCCGUCUGGAACAUGGGAACCUUGUGUACCGCAUGAGAUUCAUUGGCCGUACGGUUUUGCUAAUAUUAUGAGCUGUGAAGACGAUGCAUUUCAGAAUCUGACGUACCCGUGCGUUGCAAGAUACUUCACAUUCCAAACUAACAAAGAUGAGAGAUUGACCAAUCUAGCGUCCACGCAUAACUGCACAAUCUGGAGUAUAUCGAUGUCUGAGUGGUCGAACAUCUUGGCCUGUGGCGAUGCUGCCGGCGAGGUUGUAGCUGUCCAUGUCUUACCGAAGAAACGGAAAACGUUUGCUAGAUUUGGCAUUUACAGGGCGUUUUUGGAAGAAAUUGCUGGUAAUUCUUCAUCUAGUGAACAAAAUAAGGAAGAUUUUUCUCAAAGAGAACAGAAAAACGCUGACUCAGUCGAGGAAACUCAAACGGAUGGUUCUGCCGGUGACAAUGGUUCAUCUGCUGACAGGAAGAUGAAAGAAAUCCUUGCUUCUAAAGAAAAAUCUUCAGUGAACGUGUCAACCUCGAAAUCAGAUGCAGACGAGAUGAUGGAAACCACCAAUGCGUCUGGGAAAACAGAUGGUGACGCAAAAAAGGGAACACCCACUCCACCAAAGACUUUAGGAGAAGUGUUUGAGAAACACAGACUUGUGUUUCAUGAUGUUAAUGCAUUGGAGUUUAAGGACAGAGUUGACAAGUCAGAUCCAGAUUUCAAACGCCUUCUUUCGCCGAGCACUAUGCAAACCAUUCCGUAUGAUCAAUUUGCCAAUCCUCAAGCGAUACAUAAGGUCCGUUUUAAUCCCAAUAAACAAUCCUACAUGUGGCUCGCUUCAGGUUGCGCUUCGGGUCUGGCAAGACUCCAUUUAGUCAAGCAGGUCACCACGUGACAUGGCAUGUUAGGACACGUGUUGCUUCCUGGAUUAUAAAGGAUGUUGAGAAUUAUGGAGAUUUGAAAAGGCAAUGUCUCCCUUUAAAUCGGCAGCAUGGCCAUGCUUAUAAACAUGUAGUUCAUCCGUGACUGAUUAACCAGGAAAACCAGGAGCUUUCCUGAGAGACGAUGAAGCUAGGGGACUGGAUCCCCAUUCAGGCUUUAUUUAUUCGGCAAUCGAUCUCCAGUUAUUGGCCGUUUUUAAGUUAGAGACGUUAAAGUUGUCUAAGACGUUAAAGUCGUCUCGAGACGACGUCAACGUCAAGUAUAAAAACGGUAGUUUACCGUCUCGAAUUUAAAGUCUCGAGACGACUUUAACGUCUUAGACAACUUUAACGUCUCUAGCAUAAAACGGCCAUUCAUUUAUAAAUCACUCCCGUUUUCAGAUAUGCUGGAGGAAUAGGCAAUCGUGUGUUUCGAAUUUUUCUCAUGUAGACAACCCAAGCGGCGUCCAUUCGUUUUCCUCACCACUAAGUUAUCAUGACCUUAUGCAGUCGGAACAGCGACGCUAAAGAAUACUUCGAUUAUCUUAAGGAGGCUGGAAAGGGUUUUUAGAUGCACGCGCGCGCACGCAAUCUACACACGCCAUAACUAAGAUGCACGCGUCAGCAGAAUGAAUAAAAAUCAGCACACCGGAAGUUAAAUGUUGCUUGAAAUUGCGCGAACCGGAAAUAAAAUCGGCGAAAUACAUCUGUUUCUAGCUCGAAAUUUUGUUCGGUGACCUAUCUUGAUUUUUUGCAUGCACGCACCAUUCACGAUGGCACUUCAAAUAUAAAAGUUUCGGGAAAAAUUAUCCAAUAGAAUUUUCUGUAAGCCAUAAAUCGCAUUUUCUUUAAAUAUAUUUAAUUCUACGAGAUAAAUUUUUUCCGUACUGUCUGAAAAGUCAAAGAAUUUAGGGAACUUUCCAACAAAGAAAUAAAAAUGGUAGGUCACCGAAUUAGUUUUUCAGAUAAUUUACAAAAACUAACAUUUAGUGGACGUUUUUGUGGACCUUUGCGUUGCCAUGGUAACUGAUAUGACGUCACAAGUACCUUCAAAGUAUAGCCCAGCAAUAGAAUUGCAAGGAGACAAAGUUUUCCCACUCCAUCAAAUAUCCUUCUUUGUAUCUUCCAUCGUUUCACAAACACUGCAACAACGAAAAACCCUUUCGAGCAUCCUUAAGAUUGUCAUGAAUGGUUGUAUGUGUUUACUCUUUUUAAGGGUGCUGGACCUCACCUCGCUUCGAUAUAAAUAGGCAAGUUCAUCUACAAACCUGAUUAAUUUUCCAUCAGUGUCAACACAGACGUUGGUGUUUUCACAUUGUCAUUUUUUGGAAUUGGAUGGCUAUAGAGUAAACAUUUUUUUUUAAAUGCACGUGCGGAGCUAUUGCUGUGCUCAUUAAACCUCUGUUUCUCUAA